GAUCCUUCCAGAAGCAGCCGGCAGACUCGUGCUGCUCGCAGUUCAGCCUCGGUCCACAUUUCCUUCUCAGAAACUGAUUAUUUUACAUCUGAACACUUUUAAAGUGUUCCAACCGCGAAGUCAAGAUGUCCUCUUUGGGGACAUUGGCUUUUGAUGAGUAUGGAAGGCCUUUCAUCAUCAUCAAAGACCAGGACAGGAAGACUCGGCUGUCGGGCAUUGACGCACUUAAGUCUCAUAUUAUGGCAGCUAAGGCAGUCGCGUCAACGCUGAAGACUUCUCUGGGACCAAAUGGUCUUGAUAAGAUGAUGGUGGACAGGGAUGGAGAGGUGACUGUCACCAACGACGGAGCCACCAUCCUCAGCAUGAUGGAUGUGGAUCACCAGAUCGCUAAACUCAUGGUGGAGCUCUCCAAGUCCCAGGAUGAUGAGAUUGGGGAUGGAACCACUGGAGUUGUCGUGCUGGCCGGAGCUCUCCUGGAGCAGGCUGAGCAGCUGCUGGACCGAGGAAUCCAUCCCAUCAGGAUCUCCGACGGUUACGACCAGGCAGCAAAGGUUGCUAUUGCGCAGCUCGACAAAAUCGCUGAAACCCUACUCUGCGAUCCCAACAACACGGAGCCUCUGAUCGAGACCGCCAUGACCACACUGGGAUCCAAAAUUAUCAACCGGUGUCACAGACAGAUGGCAGAGAUCGCAGUGAACGCCAUCCUGACCGUGGCCGACAUGGACAGGAAGGACGUAGACUUUGAGCUGAUCAAGAUGGAGGGCAAAGUGGGAGGCAAGCUGGAAGACACACAGCUCAUCAAGGGGGUGAUCGUGGACAAAGAGUUCAGCCACCCUCAGAUGCCCAAGGAACUGAAAAAUGUAAAAAUGGCCAUCCUCACCUGCCCGUUUGAGCCCCCAAAGCCGAAGACCAAGCAUAAGUUGGAUGUGACCUGCGUUGCGGACUACAAAGCUCUCCAGAAAUAUGAGAAGGAGAAGUUCCUAGAGAUGAUCCACCAGGUCAAAAGCAAUGGUGCUAACUUGGCCAUUUGCCAGUGGGGCUUUGAUGAUGAAGCCAACCACCUCCUGCUGCAGAACGACCUGCCCGCCAUUCGCUGGGUCGGAGGGCCUGAGAUCGAGUUGAUCGCCAUUGCCACAGGAGGCCGCAUCGUGCCGAGGUUCUCCGAGCUGACCCCAGAGAAGCUGGGCACCGCUGGGCUGGUGAAGGAGAUCUCCUUCGGUACCACCAAGGACCGCAUGUUGGUUAUCCAGGAGUGCAAAAACACCAGGGCCGUAACCAUCUUCAUCCGUGGAGGCAACAAAAUGAUCAUUGAAGAGGCCAAGCGCGCUCUCCAUGACGCUCUGUGUGUGAUCCGUAAUCUGGUCAGAGACAACCGUAUUGUGUAUGGAGGCGGCGCUUCAGACAUUUCAUGCGCUCUGGCUGUCAACCUGGCUGCAGAUAAGUGCCCUUCUUUGGAGCAGUAUGCCAUGAGGGCGUUUGCUGAUGCCAUGGAGGUGAUCCCCAUGGCGCUGGCCGAGAACAGCGGGUACAACCCCAUCCAGACCAUGACAGAGGUCCGCGCCCGACAGGUCAAAGAGAACAACCCCUUCCUCGGCAUCGACUGUCUGCGCAAAAACACCAAUGACAUGAAGCAGCAGCAUGUGGUGGAGACUCUGAUCGGUAAGAAGCAGCAGAUUUCUCUGGCCACGCAGGUCGUGAAGAUGAUCCUGAAGAUCGACGACAUCCGCGCCCCCGGAGAGACCGAGGACUGAAGGCUUCCUGGAACUCUUUCCACUAGGCACUUCCCCGAGCUCCAUGUCCAAACCGCACUGCGUCUUGCUAUUUAUCAUUUGAUACAAAAUGUUCAAGCUGUUCUAGUAUCAGUCACCAUUAAAAUGUUGGUCCGUUGAAACAUUUCCAGACUCUCCGGUAUCUGAUUUCAAGCCCACAAUAUGAACCUGGUAAUUAAAGCUGUAUUCCAUGA